AUGCUGAAGAAGAGCAGCUUGGUGUUGUGGGGGGCGGCGCUCUUCAUCGCCUGGAACGGCCUCCUCCUCCUCUUCCUCUGGAGCCGCCCGGCCUCCCCCGGCGAAGGCGACCGACUGACGGCAGAAGUGAUUCGUUUGGCGCAAGAUGCCGAAACCGAACUGGAACGGCAAAAAGAACUCCUGCGCCAAAUUACCGCUACAGCGGGUUGUGGGGGGGGGCGGCGACGCGGGGUUCAAAUCACCCCCAAACCUCCCCCCCCGCCGCCCUCCCCGGCGCCACCGCGACUCACCGAUCCCGCCAGCACGGUGUUACCGGUGUUGGUGAUGGCUUGCGACCGCAGCACCGUCCGUCGGUGUUUGGAUAAACUCUUACGUUACCGACCUUCGGCCCAACGUUUCCCCGUUAUCGUCAGCCAGGAUUGCGGUCAUGCUGAAACGGCUCGUGUCAUCGCCUCCUACGGCGACGCCGUGGCUCAUAUCCGACAACCCGAUCUCAGCGAUAUCCCGGUGCCGGCAGAACACCGUAAAUUCCAAGGUUAUUAUAAAAUCGCUCGGCAUUAUCGUUGGGCGUUGGGACAGGUUUUCCGGACUUUCCGUUACCGCGCUGCCAUCGUGGUAGAGGACGAUUUAGAAGUCGCUCCGGAUUUUUUUGAGUAUUUCCAAGCGGCGUUCCCGCUCCUCCUUGCCGAUCGCAGCCUCUGGUGCGUCUCCGCGUGGAACGACAACGGGAAAGAGCAAAUGGUGGAUGUUGGACAAGCCGAGUUGCUUUACCGGACUGAUUUUUUUCCUGGUCUUGGUUGGUUGCUUUUAGCCGAACUUUGGGAUGAACUUGAACCCAAAUGGCCGCGAGCUUUUUGGGACGAUUGGAUGCGUCAACCCGAACAACGCCGAGAUCGUUCCUGCGUCCGCCCCGAAGUCUCCCGUACGAUGACGUUCGGUCGUAAAGGAGUGAGCCACGGGCAAUUUUUCGAUCAAUAUUUAAAAUUUAUCAAACUUAACGACCGUUUCGUGCCUUUUACCCAACUGGAUCUUUCUUACCUCAAAAAGGAAGAGUACGAACGUUCUUUUCUCCCCAAGGUUUACGCCGCGCCGGAGGUGAGGGUGGAGGAGCUCCAAGGCAACCGGCGGCGGGAACUCGGCGCUGUCCGCCUGCAGUACAGCGGCCGCGAUUCCUUCAAAGCCUUCGCCAAAGCCCUGGGGCUGAUGGACGACCUCAAAUCUGGCGUCCCCCGUGCCGGUUAUCGCGGCAUCGUCAGCUUUGUCUAUCGGGGACGUCGCGUUUAUCUCGCGCCUCCUUCGGACUGGACAGGUUACGAUCCCAGUUGGAGUUAGCGGGCGCCGUGGCUCUGCUUGUUGUGGGUUUGGUUUGGGGUUUUUUUUGCGGGGGGUUGGUGGGUGUUUUCCUCCUUUUUCAUCAUUUUUUUUUGGGCGUGUCUUUAGCGGGGAGGAUUUGGCGCGCAGCAGCGCACCGUUCACCCGCCACUUCUCUGGUGCCGCCAUGGGGGAAAUUUGGGGCGAGGGCAGCUCCAAGCGGAGAAAUUAUUUUCCAAAAUAAAAGGAAAAAAAAAACAAACCCUAAAAAAA